AUGACUGAUGAAGAAUGUCCAGAAUGUCCCAAUUAUCAAAAACCCAUACCAUCACAUUCUUUAAAAAUUUCAACUUAUCAUUGUGUUAAUUGUUCUCAAAUUUAUGGACCAAGUUUAUGGAAAAGAAUAAGUAAAAGACAGAAACGCAAAAUUGAUUAUGUUGCAUUGGAUAAAGGUGAUGUUGAUAGAAUAAAUUUAGAAGAACAUCCACAUAUUCAAGAAUUUAAAAAUUGGAAAAAUGAUACUGAAGUUCAAGUUAUUAAAGGUUCAGAAUUAUUAUCAAAAGGCGGUGAUCAUGGAUUUCUAAACCCUGUGAAAAUUAUAGCUUCAGAGAAGGAUGAUACAGGAUUAUACAUCCCACAUGAAUUUUCAUUAAAUUUAUUGAUUAAUCAACUUGGUGAAGAUUACCCAAUUGAAAUAAUGGAUGUCUUAACCCAAAAUUCCAUAUCACCAAGUUGGUCUUUAGUUGAAUGGAUAGAUUAUUUCCAAAACACAUCACCUCAAGAUCGUGAAAGAAUCUUAAACGUCCUAAGUUUAGAAAUCAGUCAUUGUGAAAUAGGUCAACAAAUCCAAAGACCUAAAUUUGUUGAUUCAGUUGAUUUAGUUGACCUUGUAUGGCCCCAGGAAACAGACCUUCCAAAACCAAAAGUUUCAAAAUAUUGUCUUAUGGGUAUUAAGAAUUCUUAUACUGAUUUUCAUUUAGAUUUUGCAGGUACUUCAGUUUAUUAUACUAUUUUGAAAGGCUCGAAACAAUUUAUCUUUUUCCCUCCUACAGAUUUAAACCUAAAGAAAUAUGUCAAUUGGUUAAAUGAUGAUAAAUUACAAAAUGAAUUCUUGGGAAAUUUAGGACUUGAAGGUGGUAUAAAAGUUGAAUUAUGUCAGGGGGAGGUGUUGAUUAUCCCAUCUGGUUGGAUACAUGGUGUUUUCACACCAGAGGAUUCAAUAGUCAUUGGGGGGAAUUUUCUAACAAGUUUUAACUUGGUUGAACAAUUCAAAAUUAUUGAUGUUGAAUUCAGGACAGGUGUUGAUAAAAAAUUUAAAUUCCCAGAUUUUGAUAAAUUAAUGUGGUUUACCUGCUUAGCGUUUAUUCAAAGUGAUGAUGAUAUAAAACUUGGUGAUAAACCUAGUAUAAAUUUAGAAUUAAUUCAAGCUAAGGCAUUACAAAAAUGGAUACAUAAACAAUUUCAACUUCAUCAAAAUGGUGAUUUGAAAACCAAGCGGUGUAUAAAAGAUAAUUAUCCACAAAGAAUCAUUGGUUUUAAAAUGGAUGAAUUGAUUUCAAAAUUUGAUGAAAGGGUAAAGAUAAUUGAAGAACAAGAUGAUAAAGAAAUUUUAAUGAUUGAUGAUGAUAAAAAUGGUAUUAAAAAUGGUAUUAAAAAUGAAUCAUAA